GAUUUCUUUUCUAAUACAACAUUCUGCUUCUUGUAUGUCACCUCUUACAGCUUUUGCAAAGUUUUGAUUUGAUAGGACAAGCACAGUGAGGGCAUUAGGACCGAGAGAAAGACGCACACAUUGCUCUGUAUUAUGUCUGGCAAAGUGCUUCCUGACUGAGUGCCGUAGUUAUGUGUGAAACAAAGUCAGGGACCGACUACUUCUCAUCUGUUGAUCACAGUUAACUUGAAGCCUCUGAACGGGGGAGAGCUGUCAGAUCUGCUUUCUGAGAUACAGUGCUUCAAUCCAGGCAGCAAUUGGAAACUUUGAAGAAGCAGCAUCUACCCGUGAAAGAAACUAUUAGAAAUGGGAUUUCUUUCAACUUAGAAUUUUAAAAGGGAAAAAAAAUCAAAGCUUUAGCUACUCUUUCAAUCAGCAAAGCAUGCACUUUCCUAACUAAGCCGGGACUCCGCAUAAUAAAGGAUCUACUUUAUCUCACUGGAUCCAUGCUACAUUUUACUACAUAUGUUCUUGAGGAAGAAGUGCAGAUAUGGAUCACGUAAGCUGCAGUUUCUCUUGUUGUUUCUGAUGCUGGGGUUUUUACUACUGAUGGUUACAACGCUGAAUCCACCACCCAGCAACCAGAGCAAGGAAGGGACUUUCCAGCCUGUGGAGUUCAACCCCCGGGAAGGGUAUCAGCUGGACUUUGUGGAGACCCAAGAGAUGCUGGAAACCCAGGAGGAGAGCCAGCAGUAUUACCCUCUGGAUGGUCUAUCGCCUUUCAUCUCCCUGCGGGAGGAUGAGUUGAUCAUGGCCGUCGUGUCGCCCACCGGCAAAAGGAACCACAGCCGGGCCAGGAAGGGCUAUCGCGUGGUGAAGCAGCAGGGCAGGCGGCCGGAGGGGAAGGCAGAGGGGGGCCCCGAGUCCCAGCCGCUGUCCCUGCCCCUGCAGGACGGGCAAGGGGCUGCGGCGGGGGAGCGGCCGCUCGGCCUGGAAACGCACGGCUUUAACGAGGUGCUCAGCGAGCGGAUCGCGCUGCGCCGGGACCUGCCUGAGGUACGACACCCGUUGUGCCUACAGCAAAAAUAUGACUCCAGUCUGCCUACUGCUAGUGUCAUCAUCUGUUUCCAUGAUGAAGCCUGGUCUACUCUGCUGAGAACUGUGCACAGCAUUAUGGAUACAGCCCCAAAGGCCUUCCUCAAGGAUAUCAUCCUAGUCGACGAUCUCAGCCAGCAAGGGCCCCUGAAGUCAGCUCUGAGUGAAUACAUCUCUAAGCUGGACGGUGUGAAGCUCAUCCGGAGCAACAAGAGGCUUGGAGUCAUCCGCGGUCGGAUGCUGGGAGCCGCGCGCGCUGCCGGGGACGUGCUCAUCUUCAUGGAUUCCCACUGCGAGUGCCAGAAGGGCUGGCUGGAGCCCCUGCUGGCCAGGCUCUCCAGCAGCCGAAACAGUGUCGUCUCCCCUGUCAUAGAUGUCAUAGACUGGAAGACCUUUCAGUACUAUCACUCUGUGGGCUUGCAUCGAGGUGUUUUUGAUUGGAAAUUAGAUUUUCAUUGGGAACCAGUGCCAGAGCAUGAAGAGAAGGUACGACAGUCUCCCAUCAGCCCUAUCAGGAGUCCUGCAGUAGCUGGUGCAGUGGUGGCCAUGGAUCGACAUUACUUCCAAAAUACUGGAGCUUAUGAUUCUGACAUGACCAUGUGGGGAGCAGAAAACCUGGAACUAUCCAUUAGGACCUGGCUCUGUGGUGGCUCUGUAGAAAUUAUCCCAUGCUCCCGAGUUGGGCACGUCUAUCGAAAUCACUUCCCCCGCGCUUUCUCCUAUGAAGAGGCCAUUGUGAGGAACAAAAUCCGGAUAGCAGAGACCUGGCUGGGCUCCUUUAAAGAGAACUUCUACAAGCAUGACACAGUGGCUUUCUUAAUCAGCAAGGCAGAGAAGCCAGACUGCAGCGAGCGCCUUCAGCUACAGAAGAGACUGGGCUGUAGAAAUUUCCAGUGGUUUCUAUCAAAUGUGUACCCUGAACUCUCCCAAUCUGGAGACACACCAAGAUUCUCUGGCAAGCUUUACAAUACUGGUGUUGGCUUCUGUGCAGAUUACAGGCCUGGAAGAGCUACUGCAGAAGGGUCUAUUGAGCUCUCCCCUUGCAGUGACAGUCCCACCCAGCACUUUGAAUAUAACAUGAAGGAAAUCUUGCUUGGUUCUGCUCCACGGCUUUGCUUUGAUGUCAGACACGGGAAGGUUAUCCCUCAAAACUGUACAAAGGAGACAAACAACAGCAACCAGCACUGGGAUGUCCAGGAGAAUGGAAUGAUUGUCCAUAUCCCUUCUGGCAAAUGCAUAGAGGCAGCAAAGAGUGAAGAUGAGAAGGACUUGUUUCUGUCUGCAUGUAACAAGAACACAAAUCAGGUGUGGCAAUUUGAGCGUUCCCAUGGGCUGCGUCAGAGGUGACUGGCAGGUCUCUGCAGAGGUCAAGUCUCCAAAGUUUAACAUUACUUCUGCUUGGGAUUUAAGAUGCAUUUCCUGCAAG